AUAGAGUUGAAAUGUAUUUUGGGCAUUUAUUUAUGAAAUGAAAAGUGGGCGAUUUUGCCGAGGAUUUGUUUAUUGACUGCAAUUGGAGAGCGAACUUUUUACCAAAGAUGAACAAUUCCAAUACAAGUUGGAAACUUUUGAAAAUCCUUAUAAUACUGGUAUUGGAAAUAAACUAUGGAAGCGGACAAGUGACUGCCUGUACCGGGAAAACUAAAGGACCUAACCCAAAUUCGGCUAGUAACGACACUGAUGGUUUUUCAGACACGUCAUACCUUUUGACUACUGGCUACGCUAUCGAUUGUUGUGGAGUUAUAAAUUCGUGGAAGAUAUCUGUGGACCCCCUUGCAGUUGCGACGUCAAACACCAUAUAUUUUCAAGUGUGGCGUCUCGUUAGUGGCAGUAUUUACACAUUGAAAGGAGAAAACUCGUUUUCUGUCACCUCUGCACAUGCAGAACCAACCGAAAAAGAGAAAGAGUAUACCGUGACAGCUGGAUCAGAAAUUGCAAUCCAAGAUGGCGAUUUCUUUGGCUGGUACAAUUCCGGAAAAAACAUCGUGAAAUAUAAAAGCAAUCGCGACGACGGAGACGUAAAUGUAAAAAACUUUGGAGGAUCCCCCGGGACAGUCGAUGAUACCUCUGAUUGGUCAGGGGCAUCCGAUACUGGCGGAACUUACGCCAUCCAAAUUAAAACAGGACCAGGUAACAUUCCACAGUUUGAUUCACCCGAUGACGGGACUUCGUAUGACAUCACGAAUGAAAAAGGAGUUAAUUACGUCAUACCUGAUUUCACAGUCACAUGGUCAGAUGCUGACGUAGGUGACACGUUAACUGUGACGUCAUCAUCAGACAAGGACAAUGUCGGAACGGAGUUUAGUUUCAACAAAACAACAGGAGAGCUUUCCGUCAAAACGACUCCAUUGACACCGGGAUCAGAAGUGUGGACGUUUACCGUUACGGACUUUUGCAGCCAAUCUUCCGAUAUCUCCAUCACAAUUAACAUAUUGAACCUGGCUCCAGUAAUUACUGGCCUUCCGUUGUCCGCUAGCAUCUCUGAAGACGAGACCGCUGAGAUAUCCCUCUACACUAUCCAAGCGACCGACACCGCAGAUGGUUUUACCUGUGACUUCACCGCGUUGGUCAAGGCAAACAGUUGGCCGUUUAUUGUCCGGCUUAAACCGGGAUCAACGACCGGAGAAUACGGUAUAUAUUCCAUCACGAAUCCCGGGUUCGUAUACGACACACUGAACGAGUAUCCACUUGACAUCGAGUGCACGGACGAUCACGGCGCUGUCUCGAAUAUGGAGACCUUCUACGUCUAUCUCGCUAAGAACCAGCCACCUGACAUCACAAACUUGCAGGGAGCCACGUCGAUUUCAACGUCAGCGGCCCCGGGUACCAAUGUGUUUACUGUAUCGGCGACGGAUCCGGAGGGGGACAGUUUGACUUAUACCAUGGUCUGUGAUCCACUAGGAUGCCCCUUCGAUAUAUUUGACUCCGGAGAAAUUCAGCUUAAUGCCGACAUCUCAGGGUACACGACCACCGGUUUUGACAUCAAUGUUACUGUCAGGGACGGCAAAAACACCGUUGGACCUGAAAUUCUUACAGUUAUUAUAAAAGACAUUAAUGACCCAGUAUUGUUCAGUAACCUCCCCCUGGGGUCAAACUACCCGGUGCCAGAAAACAGUGGGUUGUCAACCUCAGUCUUCCAAGUUCGCAUAUCCGAUCAGAAUACGCAGAACUGGGUCUAUACCAUGUCUUCUACCCCCUCUGACGGACUUACCUACUUUCAGAUCGACCCUUCCACUGGUUUAAUUAGCACUACAACGUCUGCCAUAAACUACGAGGCGCUGACGCCGCCAUCAUUUACGUUUACGGUCACCGUCGACGACGGAUCGGCGUCAGAUACACAGGCGCUUGUUAUCGAUAUCAUCAAUGUCAACGAGGCGCCUUCAUUCUCCCAGACGUCUUAUAGUUUGUCGACAUCAGAGGGAAACACAAAUGACGACGUUGGUACACCACCACUUGACGCCGCGGAUCCGGACGCAGUUGACAAGUUGACUUAUUCCCUAGACUGCGGUACGGAAACGGGUUAUUUCUACAUGCACCCGGAAACGGCUAACAUAACAUUUCAGUCCAAGUAUGAUACGGACGCAGGACGCCCAACUUCCGUUUCCUGUACAAUAACAGCCACAGACACUGGCGGUCUCACCUGUACAGCUUCGCUUACAAUUAAUAUCGAGGACACGAAUGACAACACUCCAAAUUUCGCGCCUGCGCAAUACUCGUUCCACGUGAGUUACUACGCAAGCGCAGGAACUGUUGUUGGCACGGUAACGGCAAGUGACCUUGACACUGGAACAUGGGGAAAUAUAGCUUAUACUCUAGAUCAGAGCUCCCUUUCGGAACAAUAUUUCACAAUCGACCAGUCAGGGCAGAUAAUCCUUGCUCAGUCCGUAGCAGCCCUUGGACCGGCUACCUCCCUUUCCCUCACUGCCACUGCCUCAGACGAUGGCGGAAAGUUCGACACGGCGGCUGUGACCAUCGUCAUAUCCGAUACAACGACCACUAGCACCACGACAACCACAGACCGGUACCGGACGUUCAUCGAGGACGGACGGAACAUCGCAUGGCUGGUGGUCGCUUUAAUACUUCUAGCAGUCAUUAUCGGCUUCCUGAUUUGGAUUGUGUUUACAUGUAGGGGAGCGGAUGGGCUGACGGCUUUCUUGAGAACUUGCUGUAACAGACGGAAAACCAUCCGGUCAAAGAGAUUACAGGAAUACCGAGAGGAGACGCCGCCGUCAAAACAAUGGGUCUCACCCCGACAGGUGAAAACGCCGCCGCUUCAUACAGUUCGUCAUCCGCCGCCACCCAUAAAUGAACAACAUUGGCGGACAGAGAAUGCGGCUCCUGAGGCACCGCUUGUGGCGGACAAACGCCCAGGGAGCGCCAAAACUUCAACGUACGAUUUCUGGAAACACACAGACUUCGCCCAAAGGGAUCUUCGGAAUCUCAAAUGAACUUUAAUACAACAAAUAUGUUACAUAUUUUCCGGAGACACACAUCCGAGGACUAGAAUUUUGGGAUCCUUUAAAUCUCACAAUUUUAAAAAAAUGCUCAUCUAUUGUAUUUAAAAAAGCACAUGCAUUUAUGUUAAAUAUAUUCUCGAACUUUCUAGACUCUUCCCAUAAGAAAAAAAAUUAAAAUCAACUUCCUUUUUGGGAAAUUUAUCGUCUAUUGUUAAACAAUUUCUGUGGGAAUUUUCUUGAAACAAACAUAUUUCUCCCAAAUAAAUCUUUGGAAUCUUUAAUAAUGAUAUUUUUUUCCAAAUCGCACAAUAUUGUUAUAAAGUAUCAUCUAUUGUUUUGAAAAAUCAUGUAAUGUUUAAUAAUUUCCUGGGAAGUUAUCUUGAAACUCAAAGAUUUAUCGCAUUUGGCUUCUGUGCAGUGUUGAUGUUAAAACAAUUCUGGAAUCAUACAGAUAUGAAAAAAAAUGAAGUUUGAGAAUACCAUCUGGUAUUCAAUAUUGGUCUUAAUUGGAUUUAAGAACGAUGUAGCUAAUCGGAUUACUUGUUAUUGAUAACUGACCAAUAGAGUGAAUGAAGUCAAUGAUGUAUGACCAUAACUUGACUUGAGCUGCCUUUUGAAUAUCACCCAUGAUCUUUCUUUUUUAUAUCUUAAAAUAUUAAAUAAUCCAAGGCAAUUUGUUUAAAAAAAAUGAAAUAUGUAUAUAAGUUUUUUCUGAUUUGUUAUACAUCAUACAGUUCAAAUUAUCCAUAACAUUAUAUUACUUUGUCAAUGUUGUUAUUUUUCUGUGAUAAUGUGAUCACACAUGUA